AUGAAUGAUCCUGAUAAAAGUUUCGUAUGGAUGAUAUUAAUCCUAACUGUCUUCAGACGUAAGUAUUUCUUCAUAAUUCAUUACAAGGGAAGUAUAUUUAGAUCACAGUAUCAGGAACUUGAUUAUGCCUUAAUCUCCCCCUCCUGCACAAGGAUCAAUUGCCCUUUUCAAGUUAUCACUCUUGUACUGAAGCAGCACUCCGCCUCCAUUGUUUUAUCAUUGUCGUUUUGCCUAGCGCAUUGGUAAUUUAUGGUGCCAGAGCCUCGAAAUCAUAAUCGCCGUUUAGCGAAGUUCAUGUUUGCGAAUGUAGGUUUCGAUUUCUUCUCGCAGUUGAAAAAAAGAAAAUUAUACUUUAUGGCAUUUUUUGAUAACGCAUUGAUAUAUUUGUCUGCCUUUCCUCAAUGAAAGGGGACAACGUGAGAUUGGAAGAAAUGUAUUUGACUUUUCAUGAUUGCGUAGUAUUAUCUUGACAUCAACGGCGAUGCGAAACAAUAAUGAACAAGAAUAAUUGAAAGAUGGACAAAUAGAAUGAAAGAAGAUACACACUUACUAAUUGAGUGAUCAUAGACUGUUAUGACAUAUGCUUACAGUUUUUCACACCCUGACCAAGGCAUAUUCUUGAGGUAAAAUGAUAUUUUUGAGUUGUUGCAUUUAUGCAUAUACGGUUCUUGGUAUUAUGUAUUUGCGAAUCGUUAAAUAUUCAUCGGUUAAAAUCCCGUCUUUGUCUUUUAGAAAACUUAAUUAAAAAAAAAUAAACAGUCUUUUGUGCUAAGAAAAGAUUCGAAAUCUAUCAGCGUUAAAUAUUGAAUGGUUAGAAUCCCGCCUUUUGGAGUAUUAGACGAUCAUUGAACUUUGAAGAAUAAACAUUUUUUUUGCGUUGAGAAAAAUGUCGAAAUCCACAAACCUAGGCUGAAAUGGAAAGUGCUCUAGUGAAAAGGUUGGUCUUCCGGAAAAUGAGAUAAUGAAGAAAUUUAAAAUGGUUUCUGUGUUUACAUAGCCUGAUGUAAACACGCGGGAGGUUGGAGAACACGAGAUAAGCGUAGGAAACCAUGACGCGAAGCGGAGUGGUUUCCAGCUUAUCGAGCCACAUAAAACUCUUUGUUAGUUUUUUUAGUCAUUGUUAGGUUCCAGCAAAAGAAAAUAAUGGGACAGAUUCUUUCUUUUUGUUUAUGGUGUGGCUUUCUUUGCCUCUAGGAACCAUAACAGUUGACGUUUGCUUCAAGAAGCCUGAAACUUUAACCUGUGGAACUUUACUGAAGCCAAAUGGAGUUCAUGAGGUCGAAUGGAAGGUUUAUAAUGCGGAAGAAAAGCAAUGGAGUUGUUUCACGUACUGUGGAAAACGGCAAGAGUGUUUGAUCAAGGAAAAAUUGUUGUCAAACGGCAUCACUGUGGAGAACGUCUCAAUGGUGGCAGUGACAGUGAAAGCUUCGGCAAAGGACAACACAAACAAACACAGCCGAUUGCUGUGUAAAGUCCACUAUAAAGAUUCUGUGGCUUAUAAAGAAGUGAAGAUCAACUUUAUUGAGUGUAAGUUCAGCUUUACUGCUUCUCGCGAGAAAAGUUAUAUUGUAUAUUUUUUCAAUGUUACAUAUGACUUUCCUUGAUGUUAAUCAUCGUAUUCAAGGUCUACCUUGUUUACAAAUAGAUCUCAUGUGGCUGUGCGUCUGUUUAGCAUUAUAUGAUGAGCUGAAUAACCCUUGACAUUUUGAAUGAUUCUUACAACACUCGAUUAUUUAACCAAGAUAUUAUACUCUUUUGAUUUAACAGCCGUUUCACGGCCCAAUACCUUAUUGUCAUUUUUCGGUUCAUUGCUUCAAGCUGCUCAUGAACGAUUUCUAUAUAUACAUUUUGCUGACUUCUCGCUCACGCUUCUAAUUUCUUUUCCGAUUUGGAAACUCCAAUGUUGAUGUUUUUGUCUUCCUCUUUUGGAGGAAAGACGCAUAGAACAUGCUACCAUUAACAAUAUUUUUGCUUUGUUAUCAUGUAAAGACUGUAACAUAAAUAGAUUUUAUGUUGCCAAGCGUUAGCUUAGUAACAGAUUUCAGAUGACGUCAAAAUGAAGCAAAAACAAAAAAGUGGCACGCGAGGUGCAGCCGAGUGUAUCACUGAUGUUUAAAAAUAAAUCACAGAUAGCGUCGAAAGGUGAUAAGACCAAAAAAGUCACUAAUAUUCUUGCUACAUGUUAGCACGGAAUCUCCGCUCUUUUAUUCAUUUAAAAAGAGGCAAAAUGCUGCCUCUCUGCUCCACUACAUCUUCAAUGAGAAGCCAUCAAAAUGUGCGAGGAGUCCAGCUUAUCAUAAACGCAAGUUUCGAUUAUUCCGCGACAAUGUAUAUGUGAUGACAACAAGUGGCUGUCGUACAACUGUCACCACAACUGUCAAUUAAAACCCUUAUAUUUUGAUUCAAAAACAGCACAAUCAAUAAGCUUAUGUAAGGAGAAAAAAAGCAUGCAAACCUGUAACUCCCAAGAUCUGAUCGUAAAUUCUCCCCUCUAGCUGUCAUACAUUUCCUUGUCAAUAAGUUAGGAUAAUUUUGUGUUCAAUCAAAAGAACAACUCGUACCUGAUAAAUUUGAGUAUUCUUAUUACCUGUUUACUGAGUAAUGUAUGGAUAUUUUGGGGAGAAGUUGCUUGUAAAUCACUUCUGAGAGUUGAAGCUUUACGGUGACUGGACUUGUUGGACUUAAAAACUGAAGUAAAUUGCGGCCAAAACCUUGGAAUAAUCACAAGCCUUCUGGCCAGACACCGAUACACACAUUGUCUUACUCCCGUUUAAAAGAAACAUUUUCCUUUUCUUUUUAAGGUAUCACGGCUGAGAAAGGGACAGAUUUGAACCUUACGAAAGUGUUCCAAGAUAUGUUACCAUGGAAAAAUGUCAAAAGCAUUUUCAUUGAAAAUUCUCACGGCAGCAAGCUUGCCUACUGUGACACUGGCGAUUGCAUUAAAGAGAAUGGCGGCGAUUUCUUGAACCGAUUACAAGUAAAGCGAGGGGCGCUAAUUCUCUCGGAAGUCAUGGAGAGUGACGAUGGAUUAAAGUUUAAUAUCAAGGUUGACUUGAGAACUGGGAAUGUCAGAGGAAGCAUGGGAACGACACGAGUGUACUCCAUUAAGAUCUUUGUGUACAGUAAAUCAGAUAAUUGUUGUUCUAACUUUUAAUUGAUGGACAGUACCAAUUAAUCUUUAGCGCAGACUUCUUUCCUCUGGAAUCCUUCGAAUUUACCUUAGAUUCCAUCGUUGAUGCCCUUAUCGAGCAACUUUCGACUGAGUGUCGAAAAUAAAACAACAAUGGAGUUUAUGUUUGCGGGCAUUAUGAUAUGUUUUGGGCCUGGGUUUGACUCAGAGCCAUUUUCCGACUUGAGCCGCUUGGGGUGGCGGGGGAAAGGGGAGGGGACUAAAAUGACCUCGUGAGGGGCCCAAAACAUUUGAGGCCCAAGAACAUAAAUUAUAUUACUAUUUUUAUUACUUUUGAAGGCAUUGAGAUAAUAAAACUGAAAGAAUUGACAACGAAGCAGUACCAAUAAUUAAGCAAGCGUGCGAGCGGGCUUAAAUACAACUUAGCCCGCCAAAAUCUCUGUUUCAGCCAGCAAAAUGCGCCAAAUUACCCGACAAAGUGAUGAUAAUUCGGGAUUACAAGGAGUUGGCGCCGCUACGCUCUGUGAUUGGACAAGAGAUCUUGUGCCACCUUUUCAACCAAUUAGCUGCAUACUGAAACCAUCUGGUCACUUGCGUUUUCGCGUGCGCAGGCAGUAUAUCCGUGUUUUCUAUAUCACUCAGACUACAACUUAGUUCGAUCCAUGCAAAAGUUUUAAUGUUAUAGCAAGAAUUUGAGCCAACUUCCAUUCUAGCUCAAAACUCUGCUACUUGUCUAGCAGCCUGCUGGCACAAGGGUUCGGUUUCAUCCUGGGAAAUGCCUUGUCACAUUAAUAGUACGCGAUUGGCGUAUAGUCCAAACUAGCCAACUCAGUUACACCGCACAAGGGAAAAAUGUCUAACAUCACAUUUUAUGAUCGUUCACUGAGUUUACCUCAUUAUCUUACAAUUUCAGGGUCUACGGGUGUACCGCCAUCGACACUGCCUUCAACUACAGGAUCAAACAGGACAAACCACUCCCCUGUUAAACACGUUGCGACAGAUGGAAAUCUGUUGAUAAUGAUCCUGAUUCCUGCCUUUCUUGUUUUGAUAGCGGUUAUUUGUUUAUUUGGUUAUUUGGUUAUUUAUCGAAAGAGGUCAACGGAAACAGCAUCUGCGCAGGUUUAG